ACCACAUGAUAAUCUCUAUCAGCUGUGUGUGUGUGUCGCUGGCCUGGCGCCAACACGGCACUUACUCUCAAAUAGUAGUUAGUAGUGACUGCAAGCUACUUUGUUAUCAUUCAGGUUGUGGACGAGGUAGCAACAACAUGUCUCUCUUGAAAAACAUUUGGAAGAGCAGCAGCAAACAUAAAAAACUCAGUGAAGAAUGGAAUCUUGCUUCAAACCAAGAUUUUGAUGAUGACUUUUUCUCUCCGAGUGGAAAUUCAACGUAUAAAGUGAAGUAUCUAGGUCAUGUACCAGUGGAUUCUUCAAAAAACACUCAGCAGAUUACAGAGACGGCGAUUGAUUCAAUAAUAUCAAUGAGCAAAGCAAAUCAGAAGAGUAUCAAGAAGGUUUUGGUUUCUGUAAAUUUUAAAGGCAUCGAAGUUACAGACAGAUCAAAUGAGAAACCAAUAUUAGAUGUUUCUAUCUUCAGGGUCUGCAGUUGUUUGGCUUACGCGAAAUGUAGAAGAAUCUUUGCUUUCCUUGCCACUGAUUUACAAGAGACUACCGAGUGCCAUGCAUUUAUGUGUUCAAAGAGAAGUACUGCGGAAAGUAUGGCGGUGACGGUGGCUCAGCUGUUCAGUGCAGUGUACCAUAUGUGGCAGUCGGCACAUCGGGAGAGUCUCGGGACAUUGUACUACAACAAGGGUCCCUUGCUACAACAUUCAUUACCUAGUUAUAGUAAACAUGAUGUUGACUUCCAAAUAACAGAAAACGUGCCACUAAGAACUCUCGCAACCACUAAAUGGAUAAGCUUUGAUGGCAGUCUAAAAGAUGGAUCGUUACCUUCAACAAGGUCACUAGCCUACGCUGAAGUGUACGUCUCCCCACCAGCCUACUCCGAGAAGCCUGCCUCGGAAAACCAAACACUCGACAGUAAAGAGUGGUCAGAAUGCAGCAAAUCUGUUGAACUUAUAGUAUUGUAGUUUGUAGCCGACUUUGUAGAAAACUUUAUUUUUUAUAUGUGAAUAAACUUUAUUUAUUAACCCUUCAA